GCAGGGGCUCCGCGGGAGAGGGGGGCUCCGGGCGCCCCGGAAUCGGCGGUGGCGACGCCGGCGGCCGGCCGGGCGGGGAAGGGAGCCGGCGGCUGGACCCUGGCAUCCGGUCCCCCAGCCUCCUCCCCUGGGACCCCGCGGCCUCCCGCCCCCGGCUUUUCCCAGCCCUGCCCCUCGCCCUGCGCUCCAGGCCGCCGAGCCCUGCCGUUCCCAGGAGCCCGGGGCCUCCGCGCCUCUUUGUCUCCACCUCCCCCCAGGCUGGGUCUAGAGGGUCUCUCUUUCUCUCCGUGCCCCCCACCUCUUCCUCGGCUGUCACUUCGGCCUGGGCGCCUCUCCCUGGCUUUGCAUGACCCACACCCACACCUGAGGGAGUGUUUGGGCUGCACUUUGUGCCGAGUUUGGGCCGCAGAGGGGCCGGUGGGAUCCCCCAUGUCAGAAGACCGGUGGGGGAUCUUGGCUGCAGGUCGCUGCUGAGUCCGCUCAGCCAUGCCCGAGGGAGCCCGGGGACCCAGCCUGGCCAAACGCAGCCUCGGACUUGGGGAGGUGUGUGACUGCCCCGCUGUGUGUGAGACCCGAACAGCCUCCGCCGCCCCCGCCAUGGCCUCCCCAAGAGGGUCCGGGAGCUCCACAUCUCUGAGCACGGUGGGCUCCGAGGGGGACCCAGCCCCAGCGCCCACUCCAGCCUGCCCCAUCUCCAGGCCCGAGCCCCUCCCAGGGCCGCCCAUUCGCCUGGAUCUGUCGCCCGUGGGCAUUGCAGCUUCAGUAAAGCCUUCUAGGCUGGAGCGUGUGGCCCGGGAGAUCGUAGAGACGGAGCGGGCCUAUGUCCGCGACCUGCGCUGCAUUGUGGAGGACUACCUGGGCCCUCUGCUGGACGGUGGGGUUCUGGACCUGAGUGUGGAGCAGGUGGGCACGCUGUUUGCCAACAUUGAAGACAUCUACGAGUUCAGCAGUGAGCUCUUGGAGGACCUAGAGGGUUGUAGCACUGCAGGGGGCAUUGCUCAGUGCUUCGUGCAGCGGAGCGAGGAUUUUGACAUCUACACAUUGUACUGCAUGAACUACCCGAGCUCCCUGGCCCUGCUCCGGGAGCUGGCGCUGUCUCCGCCAGCGGCCAUGUGGUUGCAGGAGCGCCAGGCCCAGCUCCGCCACUCGCUGCCCCUGCAGAGCUUCCUGCUGAAGCCUGUACAGCGCAUCCUCAAGUACCACCUGCUGCUGCAGGAGCUAGGCAAGCACUGGGCCGAGGGCCCUGGGGCCGGGGGCCGCGAGAUGGUGGAGGAAGCUAUUGUGUCCAUGACGGCGGUGGCCUGGUACAUCAAUGACAUGAAGCGCAAGCAAGAGCACGCCGCACGCCUACAGGAAGUGCAGCGGCGGCUGAGCGGUUGGACCGGCCCGGAGCUCAGUGCCUUUGGGGAGCUGGUGCUGGAGGGUGCAUUUCGAGGGGGUGGCGGGGGCGGCCCCCGGCUCCGCGGGGGUGAGCGGCUGCUCUUUCUCUUCUCCCGGAUGCUGCUCGUGACCAAGCGGCGUGGGCUGGAAUACACCUACAAGGGCCACAUCUUUUGCUGCAACCUGAGCGUGAGUGAGAAUCCUCGAGACCCUCUCGGGUUCAAGGUGUCGGAUCUGACCAUCCCCAAGCACAGGUACCUGCUCCAGGCCAAGAACCAGGAAGAGAAGAGGCUGUGGAUUCAUUGCCUGCAGCGCCUCUUCUCUGAGAACCACCCUGCCUCCAUCCCAGCCAAGGCCAAACAGGUUCUCCUGGAGAAUAGCCUGCACUGUGCUCCCAAAAGCAAGCCUAUCCCAGAGCCCUUGACGCCCCCGCUCAGCUCCCCACGACCCCGUGAGGCCAGGACAUUCACCCCUGGCCGGAGGAGCACAGCUGCAUCUCCAGGCCUCUCUGGGAGUCGCCGUGGUCGCAGACAGUCCGAGCCGGUGAAGGACUCCUGUGUCGUAUUUGUACAGAACGAGAAGCCUGGAGUCAGGCAUGCUGGUAGCGAGGGGGAGCUCUACACACCCACAGAGCCUCAGGUGCCAGGCUCAGCUUCUGGCCCCACUGAGGACCCAGAAGACACGGGACCCCCCACACUGGACCCCUCCGGAACCUCUAUCACUGAGGAAAUCCUGGAACUGCUGAGCCAGAGAGGCCUCCGCGACCCAGGACCAUCUGCCCACAACAUUUCCAAGCUCCCCGGAGACUCCCAAGUGGCAGGUAACAGUGAACCGCUCCCUUUCCAAGCCCUGCCCAGCCGGGACUCUUCAGAGGAAGAGGAGGAAGAGCUGGAGCUGGAAGAUCGGGAGCCCUCCCCGCUCCACGUCCUGGAGGGACUGGAGUCUUCCAGUGCGCCUGAAAUUCCCAGCAUUCCCGGCCUUCUCAGAAUCCCCGACGUGCCCAGCCUUCCUGAGAUUCCCGGCUGUUCUGAAAUUCCCCAAGUGCCCUGCCUUCCCUGUCUCUCGGACAUUUCCAGUGUUUUUGAAUUACCCUGCCUUCCAGCCAUGCCUAGGGUCCCUGACAUUCCCAGCCCUCCCGCCCCACCCUGUGACUCCUGGCUCCAGGAGUGUCUGCAGGAGGCGGUGGAGACCCCAGCAUCCAGGAGAGAACUGUUCCCCACUGCAAACCAUCCCGAGACGCUGGGGGAACUGCCCUUGCAAAGCAGAGCCGAACCAGAGGAACAGGAAGAGGAUGACGUGUCUUUCCCAGCCUUCCAGCCUGAGCGUGCCAACAGCCAAGAUCAGCCAUUCCCAGAGGAGCUGCAAUUCCGCUCUUGUUCUGAAAUCCGGAGUGCAUGGCAGGCCCUGGAGCAGGGGCAGCUGGCCCGGCCAGGCUUCCCAGAGCCGCUGCUCAUCUUGGAAGAUUCAGACCUGGGAGGGGGUGGCGCGAGUGGGAAAGCAGGCGUUCCAGGUUCCGAAAGGGCAGCAUCUCGAGUGCGAGAGUUGGCCCGUCUCUACAGCGAGCGCAUCCAGCAGAUGCAGCGGGCUGAGACCCGGGCGUCAGCCAACGCGCCCCGCCGCCGGCCAAGGGUCCUUGCCCAGCCGCAGCCAGCCCCCUGCCUGCCGCAGGAGCAGGCUGAGCCAGGGCCCGUGGCUGCCUUUGGACACGUGCUGGUGUGUGAGCUGGCCCUUCCACUGGCCUGCGCCCAGGAGUCUAUCCCCCUGGGCCCCGCAGCCCGUGUUCAAGCUGCCACACCUUUGUCUAAGCAGGGUGGCCUCCUAGGUGGCCAGGAGGUGUCAGACCACGGGGGUGCCCAUGCUCCGACCAUAUGGCCUGAGUCAAGAGGCUUCCAGCGGCCGCAGGCUCCAGCUACAUCAUCUUUGGCCCAACAGGAAGGCCCCCCAGACAUCCCUGUGCCAGCUGCCUCAGCUUUGCCUCACCGAGGCCAUGUGGAAGUUGAAGUGCCAGCCGCCACUCAUCUGGUUGAGCAUAGAGGCCAGAUGGACAUGCAGGUCCCUGAGCAGGAACUUCCCAUGGAUACCCAACUUGGAGUCCCCCCAGUGUCACCCACGCAGAGCUGCCAUCCUGCUGUCACAGCAUCAGCCGCCACUCCUUUGCCCAAGCAAGACGACUGCCUGGACACCCAGAGCCCCACCAACAUGCCAGUGACUACACAGGGCGGUCCCAGGAAUGUGGAGGACCCAGUUGCUGUCAGUGGUGUAGCCAUCAACCCUUCGCUCCUGUGUGGAAGCAGCCCAGAACCUCCGAUGCCAGCCAGCACCACGCUACCCCUGGCCUGUGACAUCCUGGACAUCCAGGUUCCAGAUACCUCACCUUCGCCUGCCCUGGAUGCUCCAGUCCCAGCCAACGCCCCAUUCUCCCUGGCCCAAGACCUCUCAGAUCUAAACAUUUCAGCUGCCGCAGCCUCGUCCCACCCACAGGGCCUCACAGACACACGGGUCAAAGCCCUCCCACUGCUGCCCAGGCAGGGUGACCUCCUGGAUAUGCAGGAGCUGGCAGCAGAGUCCCUGCUCACUGAUACCCGAGCCCCAAGUCUCCCACCUCCACCAGCACCGCAUGGCCUCACCAGGGCUGCAGUGGCCUCGGCUCUGCCUAAGCGAGGACCUGCUCUGGACAUGGAGGACCUGUCACCCGCUCUGGCUGAGACCACCAUGGCUGUGUCCAGACCCCGAUGCCAUGCGGUCUCUCCUGUGGCCAGGUCCAUGUCUUCAGACUUGAGCCCACCCCAUAGCCCUCCACCCCCGAGUCGCCAGCUCCUGGGCCCCAGUGCAGCUGCCCUCUCUAGGUACCUGGCAGCCUCAUACAUCAGCCAGAGCCUGGCUCGGCGCCAGGGGCCCGGGGGAGAGGCCCCCGCAGCUCCCCGGGGCCCUUGGCCUUCCUCUGCCCCCACAUCCCGGGCGCCUUCGCCACCACCCCAGCCCCAGCCCCCUCCUCCCCCAGCCCGGCGCCUCAGCUACGCCACCACGGUCAGCAUCCAGGUAGGGGGUGGGGGGCGGCUAAGGCCAGCCAAGACCCAGGUCCGGUUGAACCACCCGGCUCUCUUGACGGCCACCCAAGAGCCUAUGGGCCUACGCAGGGCCCAGGGAGCUCCUGACACCCCCUUCCACACGUAAACUGGGAUUUCCACCUUCCCCUAAGGCUGGGACUACAGCCGGAUGCCACAGGCCCCCUGGACUUCGUGCCUGCAGAUCCCAGCUGCAGGCCUGCAAAUCAUAGCAGUGAACAGCUCUCCCUGGCUUGGCCCGACAGGGAUGGGUGGCAGGGAGGUGGAUUUCAUUAAUAUUUUUUGUUAAUGAAUACAAAAACUAUGUGUGUUUUCCCAUUCUGGAGGUGGAGUGGAGGCUGACACACAGGUUCUGAAAAACCUGAGUCCUUUCUGAAUAACUGGGUCCACUGCUGCUUAGCCAGGAAAGCUGAAUAGCAGCUCAACCAGCCCAUGUGUCCCACUGUAGCUCAUUUGUACAACUCUUCCCCUGGCAUGCAGCCAGCUGUCAUCCCAUCUCUUCCCUGACUAGCUCUGCCCCACCCCACACUUAGCCUUCCAGCCAGCCAUCUGUGCUAUCUGUCCCACCAGCUCUUGUCCUUCUGGGCACCGUCUCCCUCUCUGUCAACCCCACUACACUUGCCUCCUCAUCCUGGCUCUGGGUACUGUGGUCACAGACUGCUCCUGCAGCGGGGCUCUGGCUGGGAGAAGCUGCUCCCGCCCCUGCCUACAUCGCCUUGCUCUCCCAGCCUGGUCUGCAUGAAUGUCCCAAUUCUUGGCCCGCCUACGUCUUAGUCACACCCACCAGCGUGGGACCUGUGCUGCAGAGACAAAAGGCUUUUCUGUGAGGAUUCUGCCCCCAACUUCUAGCUGUGGUGUGCCCAGGGACAAAGGGGACAGAGUAAGACAGCCUUGAGUUUGCUGCCCUCACACACUUGUGUCUCCCAUGGCGUUUUCUGAGGCAUGUGAUGGUUGUUGCUUCCUAACUGUAUGACCUUCCGCCU